CUUGAAAUUACUUCGGUAUUCUCCGUGAGCCAAUUUAAAUUACAAAACCAGUUUAAACGGUCACUUAACAUAUUAGAAGUUCUCUACUAGUAUGUCGGGAGAGCCAAAGCUUAUAACGGUUGCCGACGACGGUGGGGAAACGCUUGAGUUUAUGCAGCUGAAGAAUGGUUUGCGACAACCGCCUUUCAACAUGACGGCCGACGAGAUCCAGGAAAUAUUUGAGCACGUGCCCGAGACCCCGUGCAGGGAUGACGACAUUAUGCUAGCGACAUUUCCGAAGACCGGUACGAACUGGCUGUACGAGAUGUUGUCCAUGAUACAGCGGCGAUCGUCAGCGCGCGUGCAGGACACAAAGAUGUCCACCAUGUUAGAGGCAAACAAGGCUGACGUCAUUGAUACCCGGUCAUCACCACGUGUCCUCAACAGUCACUAUCGGCCAAGGUUUCUUCCUAAGGACCUGUGCCGGAAGCAGAUAAAGACGGUGCUGUGUCUGCGGAACCCAAAGGACGCCGCCGUCUCUCAAUAUGCGCACAUGACGGGCAUGCACAUCUACAAUUACAAAGGGACGUUCACGGACUGGAUCCGACCUUACGUCGAAGGGGAAAUGGAGUACAACUCGUACGCUGAUUACCUGAACGCGUGGCAGGAAGUUAUAGAGGCGGGGCCGGGGUACCCUCUACAUGUCAUGUACUUCGAGGACCUGAAAAUGAAGGUUAUAGAGGCGGGACCGAGGUACUUUAUACACGUCAUGGACUUCGAGAACCUGAAAAAGCGAGCGACAGGAUGUUAUAUAGGCGGGAUCGAGGUCCUCGCUACAAGUAAUUUACUUGAAGAACCUGAAAAUGGGGAGUACGGGCCUUUCUCCGCCUACCUGUAUGAGUUGCAGAAGGUUAUAGAGGCGGGACCGAGGUACUCUAUACACGUCAUGGACUUCGAGAACCUGAAAAUGGACGGGAUUGGUCAGCUGAACAAGCUUCUCAAGUUUCUGGGUGUGGAUCUUGACGAGGCGACCCGGGACGCCAUAUUCGAACAGUGCCACUUCCCUAACAUGUUGAGGGAGAAACCGGAAAUUAUGCCAACCGUUGAGCAUUUCAAAAAUAACAACUUGUUCCGGAAGGGCCACUCUUUUUACAGGAAAGGGGAGGUUGGCGACUGGAAGAACUGGUUCACAGUUGCCAAGAACGAGAUGUUUGAUGCCGUCUGGGCCUCCAAGAUCCGCCCAGAUACCAUGUUUCACUUCCGGUACUUACUGUGAAUUUCCUUCGAUGAGAAGUGUGAAUGCAUCGUCGGAUAAUCAUGAUCCCCAUUUCUCAAAACUUCUCAAGCUUAACAUGUUUAAGAAGCUUAUUUCAAUGAGCCAUAACACAUACUUAUUUUUAUGUGAGUAUCAUAAAGAUAAUUCAUAUUGAAGUAUUAAAACUCUUAAAAAAGUAAAUAGAACGCAAAAUAAUAGAAAAUAAAAACUGAGCUUAGCUUUAUAAGAAACUUUUAUUUUUGAGCA